UUUGGACGCACGUGCAAACACGAGGAAGCUGUUUGAUUUAAUUUGUGUAUAUAAAAAUAUUACCAAAAAUGCCGCCUGUUGCACAAGAAGGCAAUUGCCUUAUAUAUCGCGGCAGCAACUUUUUGAAGCAGCGUCUUGUGCUGUCCUGUCUGAGCGGCAAGCCAGUUAAAAUUACACAAAUUCGCGCCGAGGACGAACAGGCGCCCGGCUUGCGCGAAUACGAGAUCAGUCUGAUACGUUUGCUUGACAAACUUACCAAUGGUACCAAAAUUGAGCUAAAUCCUGCUGGUACCAGUGUCAUGUUCAGUCCUGGCCUGCUGCAUGGCGGUCAAUUGCACCACGAUUGCAGCGUGCAACGCGGCAUUGGCUACUUUUUGGAUGCUCUAAUUGCACUGGGACCCUUUUGCAAGAUGCCGCUGCAGUGUACGCUGCGUGGAGUAACAAACAGCAAAGAUUCGCCUUCGGUGGAUCAUAUUAAAGGUGCUGGACUGUCGCUCUUGAAACGUUUUCUAUUGGUCGACGAGGGUCUGGACUUACGUGUCGUGCGCCGUGGUGUUGCGCCACUGGGCGGCGGUGAGGUGAUCUUUAGCUGUCCCGUGCGCAAGAGCCUGCGCGCCAUACAAUUCCAGCAGCAGGGCAUGGUCAAGCGUAUUCGCGGCACUGUGUACGCCUGCAAGGUAUCACCGGCAAUGGCCAAUCGCACCGUGGAGUCGGCAAAGGGUUGUAUGCUUAAGUUUCUGCCUGAUGUUUAUAUCUAUACGGAUCAAAAUCGUGGAAAAAUGUCUGGCAAUUCCCCAGGAUUUGGCAUCUGCCUGCUGGCCGAGACGACAGACGGCGUUUGUUUUGCUGCUGAUUGCAUCUCUAACACUAGGGAAGAGUCGGACUCGCCAGCCAUACCAGAAGACAUGGGUCGAGACGUCGCCAUGCGUCUUUUGGAUGAAAUCUAUCGUGGUGGCUGCUGUGAUGCUGCCUACCAAUGGCUGGCCGCUCUCUUCAUGGCCCUGGGCCAAAAGCACGUCUCCAAAUUCUUAACAGGCCCACUAUCCACAUAUACGGUGCACUUUUUACAGCAUCUGCGCGACUUUUUCUCAAUCACAUUUAAGCUGGAGAACCCCGAGGCCGAUGAUGAUGAGGAGGAUGAUAUGCGUGGUGCGCAAAAGGUGCUAAUGACCUGUGUUGGCAUUGGCUACACAAACAUCAGUAAGCGUGUUUUGUAGAUUUGUUAUAGUUUUAAUCUAGAUACGACUAAAUAAACCAAUCAAUUUAUAUAUA